AUGGACUCGUCAUCGACAGGUUGGGACUGGUCCUCCCUCCCCCGUCAACGAACGGCCAGAACUUCUGAACAGCGGCCAGCGGAAGCGCGGCCUGAACAGCGGCAACAACCGGACAACAAGAGGCGGCGGCACUAUGGCCCACGAUCGUGUCGCAUCUGCCUCGAGGUAGAGCAGCCUAAAUUCCCGACGGACGCGUCGACGACGCUGGGCAUCUCGUCGGCGUCAUCACGACCGGUAUACGAGUCGGACGACGCGGAGCUGGGACGUCUGCUUUCGCCAUGCAAGUGCAAGGGAUCGCAAAAGUACGUGCACGAGGGGUGUCUCAACGCGUGGCGGCUGGCCAACCCAACAGCGACGCGCAACUACUGGCAGUGCCCCACAUGCAAGUUCUCGUAUCGCAUGGCUCGUCUGCACUGGGCGUCGAUGCUCAGUAGCAAGCUCACGCAGGUGGCCCUGACCUGUAUGCUGCUCGUGGUCGGCAUCUUCGUCCUCGGAUACAUUGCCGACCCGCUGUUCGACCUGUGGUACGACCCGCUGGGCACCGUGACGGACACGGUCGCGCAGGUGAUUACCGAUGCUGAGGCUCAGGAGGAGCCGCUCUACAGGGCGGAAGAACCCGAUACCUGGACCGAGCACUUUGCCAAGGGCUUCUUUUCGCUGGGGCUCGUCGGCCUGUUCAAGACCAUGCUCUCCAUGUCGCCGUUUCAAUGGUUCUACUACCGGGGCGGCGGCGGCGUCCUGGGAGGCUCCGGGAGGCGUCCGGGUGCCACGGGUCGUGCCAGGGCCGAGAAUAUGAGCUGGGUCUUCAUCCUCAUCGGCGCUGCCACCUUUCUCAUGGCGAUAUGGAGAUUCGUCAAAGCCCUAAGUGCCCGAGCGCUCAAGAAUGUCAGCGACAGGGUCAUGGAUCUCAAGGGACGAGGCAUCAUCGGCGCCAUCCUGGAGCUGUACGCCAACCUCCGACGGAUCGGAUACGGAUACUUCCUCCGGGCUCCCGGCGUGCGCGGCAAGGUGCAGAGGCAGGUGCGCGAGUCCCUGUCCAAGCUGUCGGACAAGCUGGUGCCGACCGAGAUGACGAGGCACCUCGCCCUGCCCGCCGUCCCGCUCGGCGACGAGGCCAUCCGGGCCGAGCUGCAGGCCCUGGCCGACAUGGACCACACCAGGUGGGAGGACGGCUUCGUGUCGGGUGCCGUCUACCACGGUGAGAAGGAGCUGAUGGCCCUCCAGACCGAGGCGUUUGGCAAGUUCACAGUCGCCAACCCCAUACACCCGGACGUGUUUCCCGGCGUGCGCAAGAUGGAGGCGGAGAUCGUCAGCAUGGUCCUGGGGCUGUUCAACGCGCCCGCCGGGGCUGCGGGUACCACCACGUCCGGCGGGACCGAGAGUAUCCUCAUGGCCUGUCUGUCUGCCAGGCAGAGGGGAUAUGUCGAGCGUGGAAUUACGGAGCCCGAAAUGAUCCUCCCCGAGACCGGCCACACUGCCUUCAGAAAGGCAGGCGAGUACUUUGGCAUCAAGGUGCACCUGGUACGGUGCCCGGAGCCGGACUACCAGGUCGACGUGCGGGCCGUGUCGCGACUGAUCAACAGCAACACGGUCCUCCUGGUGGGGUCUGCGCCCAACUUCCCGCACGGCAUCAUCGACGACAUCGCGGGACUGUCGAGGCUGGCGCAGCGGCGCAACGUGUGCCUGCACGUCGACUGCUGCCUGGGGUCGUUCCUGGUGCCGUUCCUGGAGCGGGCGGGCUUCGAGACGCAGCCGUUCGACUUUCGGCUCCGGGGCGUGACGAGCAUCAGCUGCGACACGCACAAGUACGGCUUCGCGCCCAAGGGCAACUCGACGGUACUGUACCGGACGGCUGAGCUGCGGACGUACCAGUACUUCGUGUCGGCGGACUGGACGGGCGGCGUGUACGCCUCGCCCGGCAUAGCCGGGUCCCGCCCGGGCGCGCUGAUCGCCGGCUGCUGGGCCAGCCUCGUGUCCGUGGGCGAGGCCGGGUACGUGGACGCGUGCGGCAAGAUAGUCGGGUCGGCCAAGAAGGUGGCCGACGCCAUCCGCGAACGCCCCUCGCUGUCGGCCGAGCUCGAGGUCAUGGGCAGGCCGCUCGUGUCCGUCAUCGCCUUCACGGCGCGCAACCUCGACAUCUACGACAUCGCGGACGGCAUGUCGGCCAAGGGCUGGCACCUCAACGCCCUCCAGAGCCCGCCGGCCAUCCACGUGGCCGUGACGCUGCCCAUCGCCAAGGUGUGGGAGAAGCUGGUGUCCGACCUGGAGGCCGUGGUCGAGGACGAGCGAGAGAAGGAGCGCGUGCGCAUCGCCGAGGGCAAGGGGUCCAAGGGGAAGGCCGUCGGCGACUCGGCCGCUCUGUAUGGCGUUGCCGGCUCUCUGCCGAACAAGAGUGUCGUCGUCGAUCUGGCCAGGGGAUUCUUGGAUAUCCUCUACAAGGCAUGA